AUGCUGGGUAAUUUUGAUAAUGAAGUUGAAUCAUUUGAAGGUAAAAUUUGUAUCGAUCAAUUGGGCACUGUCUAUGUGGCUGAUACUUCGAAUCAUCGAAUAAUGCGUUGGCCCAAAGGAGCCACACAAGGAAGUGUGAUUGCUGGUGGAAAUGGUGCAGGACGACAGUCAAAUCAAUUAACAUCCCCCGUUGGUUUAUCAUUCGAUCGACAUGGUAAUCUCUAUGUUGUCGAUUACGAAAAUGAUCGAGUACAAAAAUUUAAUAUCGAACAGACAGCAAAUUAA